AUGCGCUUCGUACUUCCACUAGCUUUGGCUCUCCUCAUGCUAACCCCCGCCAAGGGGGUUGUGCUUCCCGAGACUGAGACUGUGCCCCGGAAUCUGACAGCACACUUCGAAGACCAUGCAAUCAAAACCAGCACCCACAAGCUGUCGAAAAGAAGCUUCUGGCCCCUCUGCACUCGAGAAGACGAGAUCGUCACCGACAUCAUCGAGAAGUGGGGCGAAGAGCGCCUCUACUGCGAGCUACCAAGCCACUGGUCACCCGGCAAAUCCUUCUCUCACCAAGACUGCUUCUGCAAGCCGAAAAUGGCGCCGAUAUGGAAGGAUUUCAUGGACGGCGCCAUUGACAACUGCGAAGGGAACUGGCGGGGUCAAACGGAUACUGUUGCCGUCUUCCUAACAUACAGGGGCGCGACGUGCCGCGACUACUGGAAUCCUAUACCUAAGGGUCGGAUCAAUACCCACGAGCUGGCACCGAACGAUCCUAUCAGGGAAAUCCUAUCCUUGGGCUUUCCGGACGGUGGGAAGGAUAUCAAGCCUGGGAGGCGUUGGGCGGCGUGA